CUUUGUUCACCAGUGUUUCGUUGGCCGUGUCGCUGUCACUUGGGAUUGAGAUUGACAGAGUAUUCUAAGGUUAAUCACAAUUAUUCUCUUGAGGGAAAUGGUAUGUAAGUUGGCACAACUCUUGCAUCCCCAGCUUCUGGAUAAGUCAUGUAAAAUACCAUCUUUCUUUCGUUGUAUUUUGAACCUCUCAAUACCUGGCUAGUUAAUGGGUUGAUAAAGGAUUCUGUUAGAUGGGAAGACAGUAUUAAAAGGAAAAAUGGCAACUUUGCAAAUCCUGAAAAGUUUCCUUCAAAAACUAACAGAACUUCUUAUAAAGGUUUUUUAUAAGUAAAUAGUGAUUGAACUAAAAUAUUCUGAAGGAUGUGAUCUUUUUGGCUGGGUUGAGUGAAGAGUACUGUAUGUGACAGUGGGGGCAGACGGCGUGCUAUUUGGCAAGGAUGACACAGUCACUGCAUAUUUAGUCUGCUCUCUCAACCUGCUGAACAGAGUACAAUGUUGUAAUGAUAAUCAUUUACUCCUCGGUGCCAACUGUGAAGAAGAUUAUCCAUUCCUGAAAUCUUACUCAAAUCACCUGAAGGAAGAAAUGGAACAGAUUGAAGGGAAGACAUUGACCACUUAG